ACGGCGACGCCGUCGCAAGCGCAGCAGCCACCGCCGCCGCCUCAUAUGCAAUCUCAACCUGUCGGUAUGAUGCCGCAGAACGCUGCGCUGAUUCCGCCGCAGAUGCCGCCGCAGUUGCAAACGUCGCCGAUACAAAAUCCAGCACCCCAGAUACAGAAUCAAAAUGCUCAGGUGUCAUCCGCGCAUUUGAACGCUCAGCAGAUACCCACGGUCAGUCAGACGACCGGGAUGGUGCCGCCACCGCCGCCGCCGCAUCAAGCCGCUGUACCUGUACCAAAUUCGCAAACACCGCAUCAGUACCUUCCUGGAGGCGACAUGAUCACCGGCAACACCAUGCCAAAUAUGUACAGUAUGCCGGCUAAUCCUGCACCAGCACCCGUUGCGGCGGGUGGCUUCGGCGCACCGCUCACGCAUCAUCAAGAACGAGCCGCGCUACAACAGCAGUUGCAGGAAUUGUUUUGCAUGCCACCAGCUCCGGAAAAUCAGGAAAAGAUAGUUGCCUUGCAGGAGAAGCUGCAGGCAUUGCAGCAACAUGAGACGACCGAGCAGUGCAACGGCGGUUCGCAGUGCAUACUACAGACACCGAUGUUUACAGCUGCUGUAGUCGAUAGCCCGCAGGUGUCGAGUACCACUGGACGCGGUCGCAGCAAAGGCACGCCGCGAGCGAAGAAAAGCCGGAAGAAAGCCGAUAAAGAGGCAUCCGCGCCAAACACUGCCACUCAACAACCUGAGCAACCCUUGUCGGAUAAUAAAGUCACUCCAGGCGACAGUAGCAAUAUCGUGGACAGCGUUGCAGACUCGGAAGAUAUCAAACCGUCUUCCGGAGACAUAGAAGAGGAAUGGAACAAAGGCAGAAAGUCACGAUCGCCUCGAAAACCGCGCAAGCCGAAGGAACCGAAAGAGCCGAAAGAGCCAAAGCCUAAGAAGGAGCCAAAACCACCGAAGGAGCCAAAAUCCCCGAAGGUUGCGAGAAAGAGGAAAGAUAAGGAUAAGGAGUCCACGAAGCGUAACAGAAAAAAAACCAAUCAAUCCGAGGACGCUGACGAUGAAAUCGUACGUGAAAACGAAGAAACUGCCGUUUCCGAUUCCAGUGCUGUCAAGGACACCGAGACCAAGGUCUGCGAAUCAUCUAUUCAGGGUGAUCAAGAACAGGUGGACUCUUCCACCAACGAGCCUCUGUCGGGCGAAGUAAAGGAAGAGGGCAAAGAGAAAACGGGAGCGGAGGAUGCGCCGGAAGAAGAAAAGAAAGAGGAAAACUCGGAAGCGUCCACGGCGACUGCUGAAAAUACGAGCUCCAGUAAGAAAAAGCCCGCGGCUAGAAAACGAUCGAGCGCAGGCAAAGUUUCUGGAGGAAAAUCUUCCAGAAGUUCCAAAAAACGCAAGAGUCGCAUCGCGCCAGAUUCCGAUGGUGAAGAACUGGCGGCGACGCCUCCACCGUCACCGGAAGCCGGUGAUGAUAUGAAUAAGCGACGUUCCGCGAGAAACACUCAUCGUAAAAAGUACGUGGAUGAUGUAAUGUUACGAUUCUCAGACGAUGACGUUCCUAUACAAGAGGCACAAGUCUCGAAAAAAGUGGAGGGUGCAAACGCUUCGAAGCCCGCAGCCGCUAAAAAGGAGGGCGCCGCUGAGGGCGGCGAGGUCGGACCCAACAAACCGAAUUUUGUAUACAUUAACACUACCGACGAGGAUUCUAUGGUUGUGCAACAUAUUUUAUGCUCUCGAAUGGGUAAGAGAGAAGUUAAGCCUGUACCACCAAAGGUGGAGGUACCUCCGGAAAAGAAUGGAAAUGCGGAUAAAGAAGAGUCUGCUGACGACAAGAAUACAGUCUCUGAUAAUCCUGUGAAAGAGGAAGAUGCAGAAGCUCCCGAGAAGGAAGCAAAGCCCGAAAGUGCGAAAGACGAAGACGAGGACGAGGAAAAGAGUGAAAUAGACAAUGUGAAAAAGGAGGAUGCGAAGAAGCCGGAAGAAUCGUCUACGGAUUCGAAACAAGCCGAGGCUGCCGUUGUGGAGACAAAGCCACAGUUUAUCGAAGUCGAAGAAUAUUUUGUUAAAUAUCGAAAUUUUUCAUACUUGCACUGCGAGUGGAGAACGGAAGAGGAAAUGUACAAAGGAGACAAGCGUAUUCAGGCUAAACUGAAGAGAUUCAAGCAGAAGCAACAACAAAACACUAACAUUUUCGAAAAUACUGAGGAUGAUCCCUUCAAUCCAGACUUUGUGGAAGUGGAUCGAGUUUUGGACGAAGCAACCCACACAGAUCCGACUACCGGGGAAACGGUUCGACAUUACUUGGUCAAAUGGCGGUCUCUGCAAUACGAGGACUCCACUUGGGAAUUAGAAGAGGACGUUGAUUCCGAAAAAAUAGCACAAUUUGUCAGAUUUAAUAAGGUGCCACCCAAGGAGCAGUGGAAGGUAUGUGUAUGUCCAAAAAAGAAACCCAAUGCUACAGCUUGGGUCAAGUUGGAGGAAUCGCCGAUUUACAAGAAUAACAACAGUUUAAGACCGUAUCAAUUGGAAGGAUUAAAUUGGCUGCUGUUUUCUUGGUACAACGGACACAAUUGUAUUCUUGCCGAUGAAAUGGGCCUCGGGAAGACAAUUCAAUCUCUGACGUUCGUCGAUGCAGUCUAUAAGUAUGGAAUUCGCGGACCGUUCUUGAUUAUAGCUCCUUUAUCGACCAUCCCGAAUUGGCAACGAGAAUUUGAAAGUUGGACCGACAUGAAUGUCGUAGUGUAUCAUGGAUCUGCGGCCAGUCGUACUAUGCUCCAAGAAUACGAAGUUUAUUACAAGAACGAGAAGGGACAACAAAUUAAAGAUUUGGUCAAAUUUAACGUGCUAAUUACAACGUUUGAAAUCAUUAUAACCGACUUUAAUGAACUACGCGGAUACAAUUGGCGACUCUGCGUCAUAGACGAAGCUCACAGAUUAAAGAACCGAAAUUGCAAACUGCUCGAAGGGCUGAGACAAUUGAAUUUGGAGCACAGAGUGCUCUUGUCGGGCACGCCGCUGCAAAAUAAUGUCAAUGAGCUGUUCUCCUUGUUGAAUUUUCUCGAGCCGCAACAGUUUGCGAGUAACGAAGCGUUUCUGAAGGAAUUUGGUAAUCUGAGUAGCGAAGGUGAGGUACAAAAAUUACAACUUCUCCUGAAACCGAUGAUGCUACGUCGCCUAAAGGAGGACGUUGAGAAAUCACUGGCGCCGAAGGAGGAAACGGUCGUCGAAGUGGAAUUGACAAAUAUCCAAAAGAAGUAUUACCGGGGCAUCCUGGAAAGAAACUUUUCGUUUCUCGCGAAAGGCACGACGUCGGCCAACAUUCCAAAUCUCAUGAACACGAUGAUGGAAUUGAGGAAGUGUUGCAUCCAUCCAUUCUUGUUGAACGGCGCCGAGGAUCAGAUACAGUUGGACUACAAGACCGGGGAGAAAGAAGAUUCCGAGGCGUAUUAUCACGCACUGGUGAACAGCUCCGGCAAGAUGGUUCUGAUCGAUAAGUUACUACCGAAGCUGAAAGCCAGCGGUCAUCGAGUAUUGAUAUUCAGUCAAAUGGUUAAAUGUUUGGAUUUGUUGGAAGAUUAUCUAUUGUACAAGAAGUAUCCUUAUGAAAGAAUCGACGGGCGAAUUCGCGGGAAUCUACGACAGGCAGCUAUCGAUCGUUACAGCAAACCCGAUUCGGAUCGCUUUGUCUUCCUGCUCUGCACGAAGGCGGGUGGACUCGGUAUCAAUUUAACCGCGGCCGAUACAGUCAUCAUUUACGACAGCGACUGGAAUCCGCAGAACGACUUACAGGCGCAGGCACGUUGCCACCGAAUCGGGCAGCAGAAGAUGGUGAAGGUGUACCGUUUGCUGUGCCGCAACACGUACGAGCGUGAGAUGUUCGACAAGGCUUCUCUCAAGUUGGGACUCGACAAAGCGAUCUUACAAUCCAUGAACACCAGUCAAGGCGGCAAGGAUCCCAGCAAUAAACAAUUGACGAAGAAGGAAAUAGAGGAUCUGCUGAAGAAAGGUGCUUACGGCGCCAUCAUGGACGACGACAAUGCCGGCGACAAGUUUUGCGAGGAGGACAUUGAGCAAAUACUCGAACGUAGAACUCAAAUUAUCACCAUAGAAGCGGAGAAGGGCUCGACGUUCUCGAAGGCGAGCUUCGCGUGCUCGUCGAAUCGAUCCGACAUCAACAUCGACGAUCCCGACUUUUGGAAGAAGUGGGCGAAGAAGGCGGAAAUCGACACGACGGAGAAGAAGGAAGAGGACGAACUGGUGAUAUCCGAGCCGCGACGGAGAACGCAGAUCAAACGUUACGGUCACGACGAGUCGGUGGUCGAUAUGUCCGAGUUGGACAGCUCGGACGAGAACAGUGACGACGACACGAGCAUCGGUCUAUCCGGCAGGAGUAAAAAGCGACGCGACAAGUUCGGCAAGAAAACGCGCAAGUUCUACGACGAGUACGUACCGCGCGAAGGUGAGGUGGUGUACGGCAGUUGGGCACGCAGCGAGUGCUUCAAGGUGGAGCGCGGACUGCUUACGUUCGGCUGGGGUCGCUGGGAAGAGAUCCUGCAGCACAGCCAAUUCCGACGCGGCUGGCGUGAGGUCGACGUUGAGGAUUGCGCGCGCGUCAUCCUGCUCUACUGUCUGCGCUUCUAUCGCGGCGACGAGAAGAUCCGCAGCUUCAUCUGGGAGCUCAUCACGCCGAUGGAAAACGGCGAGAAAGUGAAGAGCGUGUCGGUGAACACCGGCGGCGGCGCGAGCGGCGGCGGCGGUGGCGGUAGCAGCAGCAGCAGCAGCAGGAACAGCCGACAGAAGAAAAAGGGCUCUCGCGUCCGAGAGGGCAGAGAAACCCGAGGAUCGGUCAUCAAUGGCGGACCGAGCGACCCUAAUCACUGGAGCACCGCAGAGAAGUUUGACGGGGACAUCUUUCUCGAGAGCAACUACAGGAAGCAUCUUAGUCGACACGCCAACAAAGUACUGUUGCGCGUGCGAAUGCUGUAUUACAUCAAGCACGAGAUCAUCGGCGACUUGGUCCAGCACAUCUCCGACGGCGUUCACGUGAGUGCGUUGCCGAUAGACCCUCCACAGUUGACGGAGCGACCGGCGAAAUGGUGGGACGCAACGGCAGAUAAAUCCUUAAUAGUCGGCUGCUACAAACACGGCUAUGAGAAUUACGACCAGAUGAGGACUGAUCCCGCGCUUUCUUUCAUUACAAGCUGUCCUCCCCCUUUCCAGAACUCUCAGAACAAGAGUACCGCCGACAGCAGCAGCAGGGACGAUAAUAGCCUGGAGAACGACGUGGAAGACGGCGAAUCGCCCGGAAUGACGAAAGAUUCGAAGGAUUCUGACAAAUUUAGUCGAGAAACACCGGCGGAUUCCCCCGCCAUCUCGAGUAAGGCGGACACGCCGAUACCGGAAGCCAGCGGCAGUCACGACGGAAACGACUGCCUCCUUCCGGACGACGAAAAGACUUGGCCGUCUGUGGUGGAUCUUAAUACGCGAUUGCGGCGCGUAAUAUCUUCCUACCAGCGGAGCGUUAACAAAAAGGAGGACGUUAAAAUCAUACCGAAAGGCAAGAUGGGAAUGGAGGGCGAGACUACGUCCAUGAAUCACACCGGCAUGAUGCACGAACCGCCCUUGAAUAUGCAGGGAUGGGACUUGCAGCAAUUAGCGAUGUAUCUCUUGAAGAUGGAAAAGAGAGAGAAGAUGGAGGCUAUAGUGAAGGAACGAGAACGCACUCGUAUCGAGGAGCAAAAGGCAAAGUGGACCCGUCGCGAAGAGAGCGAGUUCCUGCGAGUGGUGUCCACGUACGGUGUCAAUUACGAUAGAAAGAAGGCCCAGUACGACUGGACCAAGUUUAAAAGUAUCGCCAGAUUCGACAAGAAGACGGACAACGAUCUCACGGAUUACUACAUGUCGUUUAGAGCGAUGUGCAAAAAAGUCUGUAACGCCAAGCUGAACGAGGACGAAGAUUUUCCAGAUGUUCCGGUGGAUCAGCUGAGCCCUGCCAAAGCGAGGCAGAUACUCGAUCGCGUUGACCUCCUCAGCAAGAUUCGCGAAGAGAUUCUCUCGCAUCCGCAUCUCGAGGAGCGACUCUCGUUGUGCCAGCCGUCGGGAGAUACGCCGGAUUGGUGGCUGCCGGGCAAACACGACAAGGAACUGUUACUCGGAGCCGCGAAGCACGGCCUCGGACGUACCGACAUCACGAUAAUGAACGAUCCAGAUUUUUCGUUUCACAAGCUUCUCUCGAGGGGAAUAUACGCGAGCACGCAGACACCUAAAAUGGACAAGUCCGAGAAAACGAUAAAGAUCGAAAAUAGAGAGGAUAUCUUGAAGUUUGACAAAGACGAGAUACUCGUCAAACUGGAGAAGGGCGAGGGAACUUUAAAGAUUGAAAAAGUUGGAGCGAAAAAGGACAAGGAUCAAAGUGCCGACAAGAAGUCUGAAAGUGUGGAUUCCGAGAAGAGUCAAGUAGAAUUGACUAUUGUGAAAACGGAGGCUAAAUCGGAGGAAAAAUCUGUCGGUAGUUCAUUGACAAUCACCACCGUCGCGAGAACAUCGGACGUCGAACACGUUGUUGUAAAGAGCGAGGAGAAAAGCGAACUGGAGCCAGUUAAAUGUGAUAGCGCUACCAAAGCCAAUCAGACGAGCACAGCCAAGUCGAUCGACGAGAAGCCUGUGAAGGAAGCCGGUUUAGAAAGUGCGGAGAGUUCUACCGUUACGGAGGUUGAAAGAGAGGACAAGUCUCAAGAGAAGGAUGCCAAACAAGAAAUCGAAUCCACCGAGAAAUCUGAGGAAUCGCAAUCUCGGCAAGACGCCACGACUGAAACAACGGAGAAAAAUGAUGCGGAGGUUAAAGAGAAAGUCGAGAAUGUCGAAAAGAAUGCUGAGCUUACCGAGCCGCCUGUCGAAAAUGAUAACGACAAAAACACAAAGCCGGACAACGCACCGCUCAAAGAAGAGGUCGAGACACAGGAAGCGAAGAAUUCGGACAUUACCAAAGAGAAAGCAAAGAUAUCCCAAAUCGAAGACAAGUGCAGUGUCCAGGCUGCGGAACUGAAGGCCAUGUUCCCGGAUCUAGAAGUGAUACAACCGUUGUCGCGGUUAACGCAGAUCGACACGUUCGUUUUGCGAGACAAGCCGGUGGAUUACAAUACAAGCGAGCAGCCAACAGUGGUGCAGCUUUUGGCGCAUGGUUGUGGCAAUACAUCGAUAAAAUGGCCAAAGGAACACGCGAUCGAAGCUCGUUUGAUGCACAUUGUGCACGCAAUAGAGCACAAAGAAUGGCCGGUUUCAAUCAACUUUAGCGCCGGCGAGGAAUCGGACAUUGCGCAAAACGAGAAGGAAUGUUCGGAAGUCAUAACGAUCACUACGGACCACGGAGUGUCCAGGUCUAUGACGAGCGGGAACAACAUCUCCGCUUCGAAGAAACGCAAGAGACACAUUGCCAUCGACGUAGAAACUGAACGAGCCAAGCUUCACGCGCUUCUCAACAGCAGUCACUUGAGCACACAGUCGCCCGCGCCUCUCAGCAAACCGGUCGUGCUUUCCGGCUCGACCACCUGGGAGAUCAAUGACGAAUCCCAAUCCGAGGAAUCGCGACGUUCCACGCCGGUCCCGCCCCCGGCGCAUCAGCAAGUGCGAACGCCGAGCAUACCUUUUGACCUAAAGUACACCGUUCCGGGAAAAACGACCGUUAUACCCGGCACAUCGAGCACUCUGACGCCUAUCGAUCUGUCGGCUGGAUAUCCAAAGUCAAGCUCUGACAACAGCAAGGACAUUAUGAACGAAGUGCAAGACUUUUCUAUGCCAAACAAGAAUAAACAAGUCAGCAACAAAGGAAAGUUGGACAGUAUGCUGGACAAACUCAUGAAAAGGAAAUCCUGCCCUACGGAGGAACCAGUGGUCGGGAAGGAGAAGAAGCGCAGGAAGCUGGACGAGAUAGUGCUGGGUCUGAGCGCCGCGAAGGAGCAACAAAGCAGCCACUAUCCUGAACACAGUAAGAAGAACACAAUUACGCCUAACGUUACCGUGACUCCGACUUCGGCGCCGAUCGGGCUUCCCAAUCCUCCGACGAGCAGUCAGAAACCAUUCUCCAUCACAGUUACGUCAAUUCCAUCUUCACGAGCCUCGAGUUCUACCACGACCGUUUUACCACCGCCGUCAUUGCACUCGCACAAGGACACCUUCUCCGCCUUGCUGGCUCAGGCCGAACAGCAAAAUCGAGAACUGAAGAAACAGCAGCAACAGCAUCAGCAGCAGCAGCAGCAGCAGCAGCAGCAGCAGCAGCAACAACAACAACAACAGCAGCAGCAACAGCAGCAGCAGCAGCAGCAGCAGCAGCAGCAGCAGCAUCAACAGCAGCAGCAGCAGCAGCAAGCAUUCAACUCGGCCCACUCGUCGUCGAGCAGCAGUCAUCGAAAGAGUUACGAGGCGAUGAUCGCGGACAUCAACAAAGUCGCCGAGUACUCAUCCAAGAUCGGCUCGUAUUCGCACGAGGCCAAGGUAAAUAAAUGGUUGGCGGAACAAAGCGCUAUAUCGGAGCAAUUGAGCGCGGACUAUCUGAAUGCUCCUCGACGACGUAGACCGCGCGUUGAUCCAUCUCUGCUGGAUUGGAAGAAGCUCACCGGUGAAGAAAACGUCGCCGUCAUCAAUCGAUUAACCGGCAAGAAGGUUACCGGCAGCAAAGCACCUCAGUUGAAACGACUCGGGCAAUGGCUGGCGGACAAUCCGAUGUUUGACGUCGAUCCAAAGUGGGCGGAACUGGUAAAGGAACGCGGUAAUCUUCCGCAUGAUCUUCAGAAGAGACUGCCAGCUAAUGAGCGCGGUGGCGUAAACAAGGGCAAGAGUCCGGGCAGACCGCCCAUGAUGCCCAGUCCUACGAGUCAGUCAUCGACGAAUUCCGCGAAUCUGGCGACCACGUCGAUGGCGUCGGGCCUCAACUUCCCGCUUAGCAAUCUGAACAACUCUCUGCUCUCAGGUUUGUCGCUGAGCAACUUUGAUCCGAAGAACAAUCCACUGUUGAUGCCAUUUAGCGGUUUGUCGAACCUAAGUGCGCUGAGCGGUCUCAGUAAUCUAAGCAACAUGGGCUUGACGAAUUCGUUAUUCGCUAAUCUGGCUGGAUUGGGCUUGCCGACAUUGGCGGGCAUGGAAGCGGCGUUGAACGCGCAAGCGGCGACUAGCAAUGCAGCAGCGGCCGCGGCAGCGGCGGCGGACGCGAACAAUCCAGCUGUGAGUUCAGCGGGAGGCGGAAGUGGCGGCAAAAAUGGCGGUGGCACGAGCUCUUCAUCCGGUAUAAGUGGCAACGCCGGAAGUGGUAAUGUCGGCGGCACUGGUAGCGGCAGUGGUGGUGGCGGCGGAGGCGGCAGCAGCGGUGGCGGCGGCGGUGGUGGCGGCGGUGGCAAUAAUAACAGCAGCAAGUCACGCAGCAACAAACUCGAUCAACCAACAACGAGCGGCAAAUCGUCGUCCAGCGGUCCGUCAACCUCAUCCGCUUCGUCCGCGAUGAGUCUGCAGACCGCCACGCCGCUCCCGUUCUUCUUCACGAAUCCUAGUCUUCUCUACACGCCAUUGAGCCUGGGCGGACUGAAUCCUUUCUCCAUGCAGCCCAGCAGUAUGUCGUCGGCCUACGAGAGUCUCGCCCAAUGCGGCCUGCUGAAUCCACCGACGUCCAGCGCUUCUACAGUGCGAAAAUCAGCUUCGUCGAGCGGCUCUUCCUCGAGACAGCGUGAAGCCGUGGGAGAAUCAUCGACAUCAUCGUCAUCAUCGACAAAACGAAAGGAAUCUGAAAAGAAGUCAUCCAGAUAUCCGGCCGUGGAUCCGGCUGUGACUUUGCAACAAUACACGGAUUUGGCAGCAUUGCACGGCAGCGAAGAGAGACGCCGCGCUGAUCAGCAGCAGCAGCAGCAACAGCAGCAGCAGCAACAGCAGCAGCAACAACAGCAGCAGCAGCAGCAACAGCAGCCGCCACCACCACCAGAAAAGAAGGAAACGACGGAGCAAACCGAUGUUGUGGCAGCGGCAGAUCUGACGGAAAAGAAAACUGAACGGAAGAGCAAGGAGCAGGAAAUGAAGGAGGCUCUGGAGCAUUUGAGUAGAACCAGCGCGGAAUUGGUCACGCGAAACAUCGAGGACACUCCGAGAGGUGAAAAGAGAAGCCGCAACAGCACGGACGGCAAUCAAAAUUCUGACCAGCAGCAACUGUCGACGCCGCCAACAUCGCUCGAGGUCACUCUGGAGCCUGUUGCGAAGAAAAUGCGUAUCGAAACGGACACGAGCUCGAAACCGUCCUCGUCGAGCAACGAUGUGCCGACGGUGGAGAUUGAGCCGGUGACAAGACCGUUGCCAACAACACCGACGAAAGUGGCCCAGCCACCCUUACCGGAAGAGAGUAACGUUUCACCCGCGGAAACGACCAAGAAAGAAGCGAACGAGACGACAACUUUGGCCGCAAACGCGACGUCGCCGUCGACGCAGCAUUCCAGUGUGAAAAGUGAUAGUGGUAAAUCCGUUGCGUCGGAAGCGGAAGAGGACGGUAAAGGCGGCACCAAGGCGAAGAAAGCGCGUAGCGGUAAGCGGUUGAGUGUGGAACCGCCACCGGAACGCAAGAAUCUUCGUUCAAGCGCCGGUAGGCAGGCGCGAGCGGCUGCGGAACGACAGGCGAGAAUGGAAGGCGAGAUGCAGCACUCCGAACAGCAGCAGCAACAGCAGCAACAGCAAGACAGUCAUGUGUCCGGCGAGUGAGACACGAAAAUACGUCAAACUGCUAUCUCGAAACGAUAAAAGACGAAGCCCCAGCGAUUGGCGCGGCGUAGCGACAUAAUAAUAAUAAAAAAAGAACUGCGUGGACACACGAUCAUUGUUCACAGUUUUUUUCUUCUAUUCCAUUGAUCGCACAACGAAGAUCUGUAUGUAGAUAAUUUUCUGUUUGUCAUUCGAGCAAGUGUGAAAGCGCAAAGUGUUGUUUCUCAACAGAUUGCUUAAGUACAUAAUCCAUCGAAGGCGGAAAGAAAUAGCUACAGACAUUGGUGGCGGAAUUUACCGUAGCCUUUGGUUCUUCGAUUAUACGUGAAUGUGUAUGCACAAAAUAGAACUCCUCUAUUCCGCAGGAGACGAAAUGCGUAUUAUUAUUCGUUGGCGACAGUGUGUGACAGUGCGCCUUUAUUGAAAGGAGCUGAAAAGAGAGAGAAAUCUCUCAAAUACGAAGGCUGCGAUAGUAUUUUAUCACUCGAUACUUUACUGUAGUAAUUAAUUUUUAAUUGCGUAAUAUAAUAAUAAAGGUAUAGUUUUGUUAAAUUUAUUAUCCUAUAAUAUAUCUUAUUGGUUUUGACCAGGGACUGUUUUAUAUAAAAAGAGAUAUAUAUAUAUACGAUAAGAUUGUGUACUCGCUAUUAUGCAUAAAGCAAUUUACAGACAAGAAACGCGAAGUGAAGUAUAAUCGUAAUGUAGAAAAAAAUGAUUACAGUAAUAACUUAAAUAAAGAAAAAUGUAAAUAUUACGUAUACUAUGCCUAUAGACAGUAAAUCGUGUACUUGAAAAAGAAAAUGUAUAUAAUAACGCAGUGUACUUUUAAUUACAUUAGGCAAAACAAUAAACAGCUUCUUUUGUUGUUUGCAAAUUGCGAGAA